AAGUUUCUCCGGAUAUGUUCGCCACGGGCAGCAGGCAUUCCUACUCCUCGCCCUCUGUCGAGAUGGAGAAGGGACACCAUAGAAUGUACCCGCCGGAAACGCCGACCCGACCUCGCAAGUCGGGCUUGGUGGUGAAGACCAAGUCAGAGGAGGCCGCCGCGGCGGCGAUGGCCAGCUUGCCGCCACGUCCAGGACCGCGAAGGCGAACCCAGAAGAUGGUCUACGAGCAACGCCUGACCCUACUGGUGUUUCUUCUGGCGACUGCCAGCAUCAGCUCGUUUUGUGCAGCAUGGUACCUCUACACCUCCAGCGCAAGGGCAUUAUUCAUUCAAUGACCCCUUUCCUUCGCUCGAACAAGACGAAGACCUGUCUCGACGGAUCUUCGACGGCGAGAGGUUCCUUACGUACCUACCGCACAGUGGCUUGCACAACCAACGCAUAGCCCUCGAAAACGCGCUCGUGUUGGCGCAAAUCCUGAAUCGCACUCUGCUUAUACCUCCUGCGCGUCUUGGCUCCAAGCCGCUACGUUACUUGCCGUAUUCCAAACUUCUGCGUUCCCUUUUGCAUGCCACCAAGGACGGUCUCUUGCAUUGCUCUAAGGUGCCGGAUGGCAUCAUAAUACCCCCGGAGUGCGAAGGAUAUUCCGACUGGACCGAGAUCCCGUGGCAUUGGAUCGUCGACAUGGACAGCAUACGAUACCAAGUCCGCGUUUCCUCAUUGCGAGAGACGUCCGACCUUGUGGUGGGCGACAACCUCGAGGCUCUCCUCCGCGAUUCGAGACUUGGGGACGCUAUAACCUUCGAAGAUACCUCUGCAUAUCACUACCGCAUCGUUGACUUCAUCCCUUCAGGAAAGGAUCUCAGCUCAGGGCACAAAUACCAACAGUGUAUGCCCAUUGCCUCCCUCCAACAAUACCCGGAAGCCAUCAUGCGCUUUGGAUCUUUGUUCGGCUCCUCGCGUCUUUGGCUCCGUGACUCUCGUCAUCGGGAUAUACGAACGCGAAUCCGGAGGGCGAUGACCUUUACCAACCCUCUCCUAAACGACAUAUCCAGUUCCAUUGCUAGUAUCUUGACAGAAGACACCCGUUUUCUGGGCGCGCACGUUCGCGUCGGGGAUGGCGAAUUCAAGGAGAAGGCACAACGCAAUGUUCGUCAUGUAUGGCAAUCGCUCGUUCAAGACAUCGCACUACUCGAGCAGGAGGUGGUCAAAGAGCUGGAUGAGCUGGUUUGGAACUUCCACGAUCAGUCGCGGCAGCCAUUGAGUGGCCAUCGAUGGGACGAACGGAGGGACAACGUUCGCUGUCGACGCCCAUCGCACCGAGAUCCCCGACUUCAAGCACUCAAUACACCGCUGUUCAUCGCCACGGAUGUCGCGAACCCCUCGUCUUCCCCGUUCAUUGAACCCGUGCUUCGCACCUUCCCUUGUACAUUCUUUCUCUCAGACUUCCUUACCACCUCCGGCAUCCCCGAAACCUCCGAUGCUGCAUCACCAUUCGAGGUUGCUACGACACAUCCCGAACUUUCCGCUCUUGCCUCUCGACUGCGCAUAUUGCGUAAUCCGAGAGAUAACCUCCUGCUUCUCCCUUUCCUAAUUCCCCUCAUCGACGCGUUUGUCAUUUCCAGGGCGAAUGGAGUGGUCGGCACACCUGGCAGCACUUUCAGUGCGUACGUAGAAGAUGUCCUGUGGAGAGUUCAGCAAGGACUUAGUAUCGCCGAGAGGGGCUGA